UGACAAUUAUUUCACAAAGUGUAUGUCAGAUAUGGUAAAAAAAAAAUCGGUUUUUCUUUGGUUGGGUACUACGUUUGUCUUCCUCAAGUAAAUAAGGAGAUUUAAAAGCUAUUGAUAACGGAUAUGAGUUUGUUGACUUUGUACCGGUGUUAGCCAUAUUAACUCGGCCAUAUACACUAGCCCCUCCAGUACAAGCAAUCUCAAUACCUGUUUAUAGAACCGGGAGGAAUGAAAUAUUCUGAAAGUUAAACCUGACAACAUAUUGAUAUUCCAAGAUUAUAGUAAAAGAUGCCUGAGAAAUCAGCAACAAGAAAAGCUCCAAAAGAGAGUAAAGACUGGAUCCGUAAACAGAUCAUGGCGGGUCUGACUUUGUGUGCCACUCUCUUCCUAGGGGCCUACUACUUCCUGCCACUACCAGCGAUACAGGCUCAGUCUCCCGUGGACAGAUUUAUCUUAACAAUCCGCUGUCUCUUCGUGUCCUCACUUCCGAUUCCGCUGAUUCUCCAAUCCGUUGGAAAUGCACGUUUCAACACGACAGCAAUCGACCCCGUCAAAGGCGGCGGUGAGGACAUCGUGGAUGUACCAAACAGGAUUCUCAGGAACACUAUAGAGCAGUACAUAAUGCAUGCAGUGGCUAUGCUGACCCUUUGUACAUUUCUAGAUGAAGAUUCCCUUAAAGUCCUUCCCAUCUUGUCGGUGAUCUUUGUGAUUUUCCGUUUGCUGUUUUGGUGGGGGUAUCUCAGCUCACCUUUAAAUAGAGCCGUGGGUAUGAGUGGGACGGCGAUGCCAAUCUUUUUAACUUAUUUAUACUGUUUGUAUCGCAUCAUCAAAAACAUCAUGGUAUUUUGAUCCUCGUAGUUUCUUAGUUUUUGUUGCGAAUAUAUUGAGCCUUAGUU